AUGUUGGGGACAGAGAAGGCAGCUGAAGAGUGUCAAGCUGCCAAUGAAUUUGGGAAAGGCUGGCCGAGCGAUCGCGACCACCCCGAGCGCCAGGAGCGAGAGGCCGCGCCGUCGGGUUCCGCCGUCUCUGCGGAGGAGAGUCACGCCAGAGCCCCCUCCGUCGGGCCACGAACGCCUGCCCUGGAGCAAGCGGUGCGGCGGUGCCUCAGCUGCGCCCUCCGGGCUGCGCAGCCUUACAACCUGGACCCGUGGAGCCCGCUGGUCUUCGGGGGGCUCAACGGGACCUUGUUCGGCUACUCGGUGCUGCUGCACAGCCUGGGCCCCCGCCGCUGGCUUGUAGUGGGAGCCCCUAAAGCCAACUGGUCCACAAACGCUUCAGUGGUGAACCCGGGUGCAAUUUUUAGAUGCCAAAUAGGAAAUAAUCCAGAGAAAGCCUGUGAACCACUUCAAGUGGGUUCCCCACAAGGGGGGAAAUGUGGAAAAACCUGUUUAGAAGAAAGAGACAACCAGUGGCUGGGAGUAAGCUUGUCAAGGCAGCCAGGAGAAAACGGAUCAAUUGUUGCCUGUGGGCAUCGAUGGAAAAAUGUAUACUAUAUCACAGAGAAUAAACUUCCUAGUGGCGUUUGUUAUGACAUUCCUUCCGAUUUUCGGACACUGCUGAGUCGGAGAUUAUGUCCUUGCUAUAAGGAUUUCUGGAGAAGAUAUGGAGAAAAAUAUGGAUCCUGCCAGGCUGGAAUAUCAACAUUUUACAUGGAGGAUUUAAUUAUUAUGGGAGCUCCAGGAUCAGAUUAUUGGACUGGAUCCAUCUUUGUAUACAAUAAAACAGCAAAUAUCUUCCUGUCAUACGUGGAUGAAAAUCAAGUAAAGUCUGGGAGUUAUUUAGGUUAUGCUGUCGGAGCUGGUCACUUCCUCUCACCAAAGAGUACCGAAGUAAUUGGAGGUGCUCCCCAGCAGGAGCAGACUGGCAAAGCAUACAUUUUCAAAAUAGAGCCAAAGCAUCUCUCAAUUCUGACUGAACUAAAGGGUAAAAAGCUUGGUUCUUAUUUUGGAGCUACUGUUUGCGCAGUGGAUCUGAAUGGAGAUGGCCUCUCAGACUUACUUGUCGGAGCACCAAUGCAUAGUAAAGUCAGAGAAGAAGGAAGAGUUUAUGUUUACAUUAACUCGGGAUCGGGAGCAGAGAUGACGCAGAUGGAAACAGCACUGAUGGGGAGUGAUCUGUAUGCAGCGAGGUUUGGAGACUCCAUUGCCAACUUAGGAGACAUCGAUAAUGAUGGCUUUGAAGAUGUAGCCAUUGGAGCACCACAGGAAAAUGAUUUAGAAGGGGCAAUUUACAUAUAUAAUGGCAGGAAGGACGGCAUAUCACCUGCUUUCUCACAGAGAAUACAGGGGCGUCAGAUCAGCAACACUUUACGGAUGUUUGGUCAGUCCAUAUCGGGGAGAAUCGAUGUAGACAACAAUGGGUACGCAGAUGUAGCUGUUGGCGCUUUUUUGUCAGAUUCUGCUGUGCUGCUGAGGACAAGAGCAGUGGUAGUUGUUGAAGCAUUGUUGAAACACCCCGAGUCAGUGAAUCGAACUCAGUUGAAUUGUUUAUUACAUGGAAAACCGGCAGUAUGUGUGGAUCUGAUGCUUUGUUUUAACUAUAGCGGCAAAACUGUUCCAGGGUAUAUUGUGCUGCUUUAUAAUCUAAGCCUGGAUGUCAGCAGGAGGGCAGAACUGGCAGCUAGGUUUUACUUUGCAUCUAAUGGGACAUCUGAAACAACCUCUGGAAGCCUCAAGAUUUACAGUGGCCACAACGUUACUUGUAGAACUCACCAAGCCUUCAUGAGGAAAGACGUCAGGGAUAUCCUGGCUCCUAUACUUGUUGAAGCCACCUAUCGCCUUGGAGAUCAUGUUUUAAAGAAGCAAACUACAGAUGAACUGCCACCACUCCAGCCAGUUCUUCAACAACGGAAAGAGGGCAAUGUUACACGCAGCAAAUUUGUGUUUGCAAGGUUUUGUCCUCAAGAAAAUUGUUCUGCUGACUUGCAAGUUUCUGGGAAACUUUCCUUUCCAAAGCCCCAUGAAAUGAAAUCUUACCUUGCGGUGGGAAAUAUGAAGACAUUGCUCUUAAACGUCUCUCUGUGCAAUUCUGGGAGCGAUGCCUAUCAGACUGCCCUCCACAUCCAGCUCCCGAAAGGUCUUUAUUUCACCAAAAUACUAGAGCAGGAAGAGACCCAGAUACAUUGUGAAGUGUCUGAAAAGGACGGUCAGGGAGUGCGGCUUGACUGCAGUGUGGGGUAUUUAUAUGUAGAUCACCUAUCAAAGAUGGAUUUUAGUUUCGUAUUGGAUGCAAGCUCCCUUAGCAGGGCAGGAGAUGACCUCUGCAUCAGUCUUAAUGCAACCUGUGAAAAUGAAUGGGACAAUGACCUCCUGUCGGAUAAUAGCUUAAUUUUAACUUUACCCCAGAAGCAUGAGGUUGAGCUGAAUAUUCAUGGGUUUGUGACGCCAACAUCGUUUGUUUACGGACCCAGCGAAGAAGAUUCACCUUUUACUUGCAUGAAGGACACAAUCAACUUUACUUUCCAUGUCAGUAAUCCUGGACUAAGUUUGGCUCCGGCUGUAGACCUGAUGAUACAGAUACCCAAUUCUUUCGUGCCAAGAGACGACAAGCUGUUUAAUGUUCUGGAUGUCAAAACAACCAGUGGACAUUGUUUCUACAAAAACUAUACACGAAACUGUACUUUACCAGAAAAAAAUGAGAAUAAGCUGCAAGAAUUCAUUACAUUCCUUACAAAACCUGACAAGAGACUAAUGUACUGCAUGAAAAACGACACCUUCUGUUUGCAAAUAUUUUGCAACUUUGGAGACAUGGAAAGUGGAAAAGAAGCAACUGUUCAAAUUCAUCUGGAAGCAACCCCUUCUCUAUUAAGCAUGGAUGAAGCUUCAGCACUUAUACUUGAAGUAAAAGCAAAAGUUUCAUCGGAGCAAAGUCCCAGGGUCAUUGAGUUGCACAAGAGCAAGCAAAAAACAUACGUCAUCCUGGAGGGUCUUCAUAAUCAAAAGACAAAGACCAGUGUUACAGUGUUGUUCAUUGCAACAGGUUCCAUAAUUGGAAUUAUUUUGCUAUUAUUUCUUGCAUUUCUUUUAUGGAAGGUUGGUUUCUUUAAAAGGAAAUACAAACAGAUUCCUCAGGAAGGAGAUGGAAGAGAAAGCUGGAGGUUUCUAAAUGGCAACCAAAAUGACAACGGUGACGACUGAGAGUUUUUCAACGUAAUGGCCAGUGUUUUUAUCAAAGGCACGAACGGCAAGAACUAUCAAACCAGGAGUGCUUCUCCUGUAUAACUCAAUGGAGAAACAGUUGCAUCAUCAUUAGCUUCCUAAAAUGCAAACGAUAAACAUUCUGAAGAAUACUCGUAAAGACAAAACCAUUUUGGCUUCAAAUGCAAAGAUGGUUCACUUAGUUCAACACUAGGGAAAAACUGAUGGAAACAAAAUUUACAUGCAGUACUAGUGAUACUUGAAUUCCGUGCAUUGCCUUACUACCUAGCUAAGCAGCAAAUCUCGUUAUAAAUAUAACAGCAUUAUCAGCAGAACUGGGACACAGCAAUAAAGAGAAUCUUGAGUGAGUUUCUAAAACCCAGACUGGAAAAACAAUUGUUUCAAUACAUUCUGUGUCUGCCAUGUAUGAGUGAGCUGACAUACUGCAACAUAUCACUGUGUGCCAUGAAGUCGGUGCUGACUCAUGGCGACCCUUUUCAGGGUUUUCCAGGUAGAGAGUAAUCAGAAGUGUUUUACCAUUCCCUUCUUCUG